GCCAGAGGCACCACUACAACACCAUUACACCAACUGUUACUGUUACUAUUGCAUUUACAUUUACGACAUUCCCCGGCUUUUCUCCCUUUCCAAUAUCCCGCCGACCUCUGUUGUCUGGUUCUGGUUCUGGUUCUGUCUCUGUCUCUGUCUCUUUCUGGUGUAUUUCCUGUGCGCGUCCUGCCCAGCAUCUGCUCUUGUCAAUUACCCGUUCGCUCGAACCAUCACCACAUACAUAUCCGCCCUCUCGGCUUCGUGCCAGGAAUACCUCCCCAAAGACAGCCUUCGAUCGAUCUACAACUUGGUACAAAUUGCACCAUUUAGAAAGCUGCUGCUGCUGUCGCACAUUCCUCGGGCGAUUGUGCCUUUGCGACGAGUCAACACGCCAAGAUGGGGGUGUCCAUCAUUCAAGAACAACAUGAUAUUAUUAUACGCACGAUAAAGAACAUAACAGCGGGUGAUUGGAAAGUUUUAGUCAUCGAUGAGACGUCCAAGAAGAUCAUCGACAGUGCUGUCAAAGAAGAUGAUAUCCUCAACCACAAUAUCGCCAACAUCGAGCGCAUUGAGGAGCGGAGGGAGAUGAACCCCACCAUGGACGCUAUAUACCUUCUCUCGCCACUACCUCAUAUUGUCGACUGUCUGCUGGCCGACAUCGAACGUCGCAGAUACAGGCGGUGUUUCCUGGUAUGGACAUCCGUUCUCGACCCUCCUCUCCGAAGGCGGUUGGACAGCUCUCCUUUGGCCCAACAACAAAUAGCAGGCUUUGAAACCCUCUCGAUUGAUUACUUUCCCCGCGAAUCCCACCUCAUUACAUUUCGAGACCCGUGGAGCUUCCCGAUAUUAUACCACCCUGCCUGCAACGGCCUUGUGAAAAAGCAUAUGGAAGACUUGGCUCAAAAAAUUACUAGUUUAUGUGUGUCGUUGGGUGAAUAUCCUAAAGUACGAUAUUACCGACCAAAAAACCCAAUACAUGAAGCCAGCGUAUUAUGCUCCCACCUUGCCCGCUUCAUCUCUGAUGAGUUGGACGAAUAUGCUCAAUGGAAUCCGAAUUUCCCACCGCCGAGCUCACGGCCUCAGGGUGUACUAAUAGUAACAGAUCGUUCUAUGGAUUUAAUGGCGCCUCUAAUUCACGAGUUCACUUAUCAGGCUAUGGCUCACGAUCUGCUACCUAUUGAAGAUGGUGAUAAAACUACCUUUCACAUGAAAUUCAACGAGGGAACGCCUGAGGCUGAAGAAAAGGACAUCGAACUCUGCGACAAGGAUAAAGUAUGGGUAGAAAACCGACAUAAGCACAUGAAAGACACUAUAGACAAAUUGAUGGGCGAUUUUCAGAAGUUUCUCGAUCAGAACCCGCAUUUUACAGACGCUAACAGCGACACCACGAGCAUAAAUGCCAUCAAGGAUAUGAUGGCAGGCCUACCACAGUUUACAGAGAUGAAGGAAGCGUAUUCUCUCCAUAUCACCAUGGCCCAGGAAUGCAUGAACAUUUUCGAACACCAUAAACUAGCGGAUAUGUCACAAAUUGAACAAAAUAUGGCAACCGGGCUAGACGAGGAUAAUCGGAAAGCCAAGCAUGUCUUGGAUGCUGUUGUUCGACUUCUUGACGAUGAUGCCGUAUCUCAGUCGGAUCGAUUGCGUCUCAUCAUUAUGUAUCUUCUCUAUCGAGAUGGAGUCAUACUCGAAGACAUUAAGAGACUAUUAGCGCAUGCAUCCUUACCUCAACAAGACGGUGAGAUCAUUGCGAAUAUACAGCAACUCGGUGGCCGAACAACCCGUGACGGUCUCAAGGAACCGAAAAGGGACGAUCCGCCCCUUUUCCCGAUAGAUACAAAGGUGCCUAUACCCGAGGACAGCUAUCUGUCGAGAUUUAACCCUGCGGUGAAACCGAUGUUAGAGAAUAUUUGUCGGGGUACAUUGGAUAUGGUCUCAUUUCCUUAUGUGAAGCCUCCACUCGAUCCGAACGAAGACAUGAUGAUUGGACAGGGUUCACUGCGUGCCGCAAAGCCGAGUUGGGCUGGUGCUGGUAGAAGAGUUGCAGAGAACAGGCAACGUAUCAUAGUUUUCAUGGCAGGAGGUGCCACAUUCUCAGAGUCGCGGGCUUGUUAUGAAGUUGGCUCGGCUAUGAACCGCGACGUUUUCAUGGCGACAAGUCACAUGCUUACGCCACAGCUCUUCAUAAGGCAGGUUGGCGACUUGAGUGUCGAUAAGAGGAAGUUGGACAUUCCGUUGGAGCGUCCAACGAAGACUGCACCAGCACAUCUGUUUGAACGUCCUGCCCCACCUAUGGGUGCUUCGCCGAGCCCAUCGCAAGGAGGCGGAGGCCAGCGAGCACCGGGACGGCCGCUACCGCCAGGAGGCUUACCCGGUGGCCCUAGGAUAGCCGGAGCGCCGGCGCCUCCAACGCAACAAAUGGCCAAUAUGAACUUGAGCUCCUCGAGGCCCCCUAACGGUGCUGCUGCUGAUCAUCGGUCUUCCCCAAGCAUCGACAAACCACAGAAGCUGGAAAAGGAGAAAAAGAAACGGAAUUUCUUGGGUAUCAAGAAAUCAUCAUAAGCAGAGCGGUUAUGCCAAUCAAACUACCCAACUAGCGGUUGGGAAAAGGGGGGUUAUCAUUGCAUUGGCAGAUAUACGAUACCUAUGAUGACGUUGGAAGAGAAGAGGAUGGUGGUCAUGAUAGGUUUGGUCCUUUUAGCUUAGCGUUUGUCAAAUCUAAGUCCAAGAUGCCACUGGCCGGGACAUUUGUAAAUGAGAUCAAAUGAAAUGAAUACUAACGGGCGAAGUUGUGCCGAUAUAAUACCUCGUUAAUACCUUGCUUCACCUUGCCUAGA